UGUAAUGUUUCUCGAAUUAUACGCAGAACUGCAAGCCAAAUAUUUUGCUGGAAUGCCACCAGGAAUGGACCGCACAAAGUUGCGCACUGUCAUUGCCACAUCGCAAUCUAUGCAGAUAAACGCUUUACCGAAGCCAUUCAGAAACAGUCGCCUCCAGGCAGGGGCCAGCGCCGGCCGACCGUCGCUCCCAUGCCGACCUCAUCAUCCCUGCAAGCGCUACAAAACAGAGCCAACGGCAAGAAAACCACCCUGCUGCCCAUGUAUUCCCGAUAACAAGGCCCCGAUUACUCAGGACUCGGACGCGUCUCCUCCAUCCGCCUCCUCCUCCUCCUCCUCCGCAAGCGAUGAUGCAGCAUACCAGGCGUUGGUUCUGGAGCUAUCGGCCCUCUCCCCUCAGCAGAUCCGGGAAGCCGCCAACAGCCGUCCCGAGCAGCUGCUGGACUCCCGCUUCCUGUUUUGGCUCCGAGACCAGGAGCGCAGGGCUGCCCUGGGCGGAGCCGCGCUUGGACCCGUGGGUCGCCUGCCGGCUGCCGAGCGACGGGAGGUUUUGGAGCGACUGGGCCGGGAGCUGACAAUGAUGCGGGAGUGGAAGGAGGAGACUGUCAACCGCACGUUGCUGCCCCCGCUGGCCGCCUCCCUCGCCUACAGCAACCUGCGCAGGUGGCGGGAGGAGACGGGGAAGGAGGCCCCACAGGUGGUGGGCGGAGUGGAUCUAGAGCAGCUCUAUAGGCUGGGGGAGCAGGAGGAGGCCAAGCUACGUGAGUCGCUGGAGCGAGGGGGCGGCGGGGGCGGUACGGGGCCGCGAAGGGGGGUGAGCCGCAGCGGCAUCGAGGAAUUCGCGCAGCACAACCGAGCCUACGCGGACCUGGCGGCGGGCGUCAUGGCCCGGGUGCGCUCGCGACUGUUGGGCUUCCGAGACGACGGCGACUUCGACGCUGACGGCGGCGCCGGCGGUGUCAGCAGUGGCGGCGGCGGCGGCGGUUUCGGUGCCGCGGGUGCCGUACUGGGAGCAAUGCUGCGGCAGAUGGGCAGUGCGGAGGAGCGAGCCACGUUCCUACCUGAGGCCUUCACUCCGCCCGGGCUGCAGAUUAUGCCAGACGCGGAUGUUGGAAUUGCUAACAGCAGCGGCGGCGUUGCUGGCGGCGGAAAGCCCAUGUUCGUUGUGACGACACCCCAGGCGCUGACGGCGGCGGCGAGGGCACGCUUAGCGUCGCUAUCCGGUGUUAUCAGCACCAGCAACAAGAGCGCAGAGGAGGGGGGUGCUGCACAUGCAACAAGUCCCCCAACACCGGGGCCAACCGUCGGCGCUGCCAACGGUACCGCAACAGAAGCGGCAGCACCAGCAGCAGCAACGACGACGACGGCGGCGGCAGGGACAUCAGGGGCGAAUGCUUCCUUGAGCAAGUCCACACCUCCAUCCUCCUCAACAGCAGCGGCGCCUUCAUCCUCCUCAACAGCAGCGGCGCCUUCAUCCUCCUCCUCCGCAACUGGAAUCCCCCAACAACAGCCCCACCCGCAACAGCAGCAGCAGCCCCGCCACCUGCUACCCAGCGGCGAGGAUGAGGUGGCAGCGCUGCAGGAGUUGAUCGAGCUGGUGCAGGAGUACGACAGCCGGGUGUUCUCCCGGAAGACCCCCCUGGAGCGGCUGGGGCAUAACCCGGGGCCCUGGUAGCCCCCUGGACGGGAGUACGGGUGCAGAUCAUUAGGGUGUGAUAGAUGGGUGGGGCGAACGCAGGGUGCUGUGGGCAGAGUUUUACGCAUGCGGCUUGGAAACGGAGGUGCGAGCGGUAUCCGUGUGGUUGCCAUGUAGGAUUGCAGGAACGGGGCUAGGAAAGGGGCUGUUCUGGGGUGAUGUUGUUUUGAAGCCAUGUAACAGAGAUGUGGCCGCAUUUCCGCAGCCGUCACAAGGUGGCGAUGGGGGCACCUGGCUGGCGUUACUGCCCCUGAUGCAGGCGUGCUAGCAAACCGGUAGCAGCCAAGAGCGUCCUCCAUGAUACACCCAGCACACGCAGCUACCCCAACGUCACACGCCCACAUGCCCAUCCUCAAUCCCCAUGUACGGCAAGUUGUCCAUCCA